UCCCCUGAUCUGAGGAAAGACCACUUUUGUCUAAAAGAAUUCACUGUAGUACAAAAUUACCUACACAUUUCAGCUGAGAUCAGUGUCCUCCCGAGUAACAUGCCAUUUGCAUAGUAGGUCUGCAGGUUAGACCUGCUCAGACAGUAGCAUGUUUGUGUUCUUUACAUUGCCAAAACACUUUCUAUGUUUUACAAUUAUGAGUCAGCAUUCACAUACUCGCUUUACCUUCUUACUCAUCCCUGACCCGUUUCAAGUUUGUAUAUACUGUUGCCUGGCUCACAAAAUGUGGUGAACUGUAAAAUUCUAAACUGCAUACAACCGCUGAUUACACACUUGUGCAAACACAAGUCUCCAUAUGUUUGUGGUCUCCAUGUGUUUGUGGCACUGGACUGCAGCCCUUACAUGAUUGUUAAACAUUAUAAAUAUUACUUAAUUGAUAUGCAUAUAAGCCUUGCAAAGACAGUUGUUAUUAAGGGUAUAAUUUCUACUGACACCUCUGGGAGUUUUAAGUCCAGACAAGGGCUGAAAGAUCAGUCUUUAGUCUGCAUUUUCUUCCUGUAUAUAUUACCAACAGCUUAAACUUUGCAACGACUUACUUACUUUUUUUCAGCUGCAGACAUAAAUGUAUGUGCAUAGGUCAUUUGCUAUGGCACAUACAGAUUAAACCUUGAAAACAUUUCCAAGCGGUGUGAAAAUAAAACCAACAGAAUUUUGGUAAGAGAUUUGCCUUAAUUUGAAAGGCUUAAAAUAAACGAUCAUAUGAUUUUAAAAAGCAAGGAUUGCCUGCUAUUUGUUGUAACCCCUAUUUCUGUAAUGCUCCUGUAGCCAGAGAAGCAGCUGUUCAUUGCUGACAUUCUCCCUGCCAGGCAUUCCAAUUCUCUGAGGUAAUGGGCUACAAGCAUACGGGCCUUCGCUUUAAUUCUUUCAGCGUAUCCUUCCGCAUGGAUAGAGCGAGGGGAACGCCUCCAGGAAAAGAAAUUAAAUGCACACACACAGAGGCACACAGGGACUGGCGAUUUGAAAAUACCCCAAGAACGCAGUUUGCGGUCAUGCUGCACAGCGUCACAUGAAGGAGGCUGCCCGAAGAGCUGUCUGGCACAGGUUUAUUUUGUUGUAGUAUUUUCUUCCACCCCCAGCUCCUUACCCAGUGGAAUGAUACUCAGAGCAAGUUUUUUGAGACAGGAAGUGAGGAAUGUUUUGACUAUGAGUUAUCUGAGAAGAAGGUGGGUUAGCCGAGAUAGCAGCUGUUUUGGCCAAGAGGAGCACAGUAAGUCAGUUCCUGAGGAAUACAGAUGAGAUGGUUCCGGGAGAAAAAGUCUUGGAGUGCUGUGUGCUUUUUACGGCUAUACAUAUGUGAAAGGAGACUUGGUGUCUUUGGAUCACUGCACAAGGAUUUUAGUGGAUGCCCCUUCUACUUGUCUCUUGGUGGAAAACUUGCUUGUCUUUAAUGGAUGCGCUGCUGCUGGUUGAUCUCUGGAGACUUUACAGCUCCUUGCCUUCUGAGAGGAGAUAGCUACUUGUCCCUCUCAAGGUCCUGGUGGAAGUAGCUUUUUAUCAGAAACCAUCCCUGGGGGAGAAAGAAGAUGCCUCUACCUUUUGGGUUAAAAUUGAAACGAACUCGACGUUACACAGUAUCCAGCAAAAGUUGCUUGGUGGCUCGCAUCCAGCUGCUCAACAGCGAAUUUGUGGAGUUCACGCUAUCGGUGGAAAGCACAGGCCAGGAAAGUCUGGAAGCAGUGGCUCAGAGACUGGAAUUGCGGGAGAUUACGUAUUUCAGUCUGUGGUAUUAUAAUAAGCAGAAUCAGCGCAGAUGGGUAGAUUUGGACAAGCCUCUGAAAAAGCAGCUGGACAAAUAUGCCUUAGAGCCGACUGUGUAUUUCGGAGUAGUGUUCUAUGUGCCUACUGUUUCUCAGCUUCAGCAGGAGAUUACCAGGUAUCAGUAUUAUUUGCAAUUAAAGAAAGAUAUCUUGGAGGGCAACAUUCCUUGCACGCUGGAACAAGCAAUACAUCUGGCUGGUUUAGCUGUUCAGGCUGAUUUUGGAGACUAUGAUCAGUAUGAAUCUCAGGAGUUCCUACAAAGAUACGCUUUGUUUCCAGUGGGUUGGCUACAAGAAGAAAAAAUACUGGAAGAAGCAACACAGAAAGUUGCCUUGCUACAUCAGAAGUACAGAGGCCUUACUCCUCCUGAUGCAGAAAUGCUAUACAUGCAAGAAGUAGAGAGAAUGGAAGGCUACGGUGAAGAGACCUAUCCUGCAAAGGACAGCCAAGGAAGUGACAUAUUCAUUGGAGCGUGUCUUGAUGGUAUCUUUGUGAAACACAAAAAUGGUCGUCCUCCUGUUGUGUUUAGGUGGCAUGAUAUUGCCAACAUGUCCCACAACAAAUCCUUUUUCGCAUUAGAGCUGGCAAACAAAGAAGAGACAAUCCAGUUCCAAACUGAAGAUAUGGAAACAGCAAAAUAUGUGUGGAGGAUGUGUGUGGCUAGACACAAAUUUUACAGACUAAAUAAAUGCAGCCUAGACUCCCUGGACUCUCCAUCUGAGGAGGGCUCUCAGAAAUCUUCCCUCAUUCUUUCCUUUCCACGCUUUCCAAUCCUUUCUCGUCCUUCACUUCCCAAAGGACAAACCCAGGCUGUUACAGUGAAUCCUGUUAGAAGGCGGUCUUCAUCCAGGAUGUCUAUGCCCAAGCCUCAGCCUUAUAUGAUGCCUCCACCAACUCAGCUUCAUUACAAUGGUCAUUAUACUGAACCAUAUGCAUCAUCCCAAGAUAACCUCUUUGUGAGCAAUCAGAAUGGAUACUACUGUCACUCUCAGACUAGCUUGGAUAGAGCCCCUCAUGACUACACUGGUCGGAUCCGCAAUGGUAGUGUCUAUAGUGCACACAGCACGAACUCCUUGAACAAUCCACAACAUUACUUGCAGCCAUCCCCCAUGUCCUCUAACCCAAGCAUUACUGGAAGCGAUGUCCUCAGAACCGAUUAUGUACCAUCUCAUAGACAUAGCGCACUAAUACCACCCUCUUAUCGUCCCACACCAGACUAUGAAACUGUGAUGAGACAGCUCAACAGGGGAAUGGUGCACACAGAUAGGCAGAGUCAUUCAAUGAGAAAUCUUAACAUCAGCAAUUCAUAUGCUUACAGCAGGCCUGAUGCCUUAGUUUACAGUCAACCUGAAAUACGAGAACAUGCUCACUUUGCUUCACCACAGUCUAACCAUUAUCCAUUUAACCUGAACUACAGUUUUCACAGUCAAUCGCCCUAUCCCUAUCCUGCUGAGAAGCGCCCAGUUGUUGGGGCAGUCAGUGUGCCUGAGUUGACAAAUGUGCAGCUCCACGCUCAGGACUAUCCAGCACCAAAUAUAAUGAAGACCCAAGUCUAUCGACCACCUCCCCCAUACCCGUACCCAAGACCUGCAAAUAGUACUCCAGACCUUUCACGACAUAUCUACAUUAGCAGCAGUAAUCCAGAUCUUAUCACAAGGCGAGUGCACCAUUCUGUCCAGACGUUUCAGGAAGACAGCCUGCCUGUGGCACAUUCUCUUCAGGAAGUCAGUGAACCUCUAACAUUGGCACGCCAUACUCAGCUGCAGAAAAGGAACAGUAUUGAAAUAGCAGGCUUGACUCCCAGCUUUGAAGGAAUAAGAAUUAAAGAGAGGACCAUGUCAGCUUCUGCAGCAGAUGUGGCUCCUCCAAGAAUUAUUUCAGAAGGGUCACAGCCCAACAUUCUGAUGGAGAGAACAAAGCCAAAAGAAAGUAAGCAAGAAGAGGGUGUAAACUGUGAUCAUAAGAAAACCCUUUCAGAUGCCACUAUGCUGAUUCACAGUAGUGAGGAAGAAGAAGAAUUUGAAGAAGAAAACAAGGCUAGUACAAGCCUUUCUCCCCUCCCUGAAGAUGAAACUCAGCUUUCAUCUGUUAUGCGUGGUUAUUCUCGUGAUUCAGUACUCAGCUACCCUUAUAGCUCUGUUGCUUCGUCUGCUGGCCCUUUGCAUAUUCUUGAGCCUAAAUUACAUGUUACAGAGACAGAAAAGAGAGUGAAAGAUAUAAGCCCCUUUCAUUUACUAGUAGAAAAUCAGGUACAGAGAAGAGGGGAAGGACUGCUUACUCCGUCUAUGUCAGAAUCUGAUCUUACAACAUCAGGGAGAUACAGAGUAAGGAAAGAUUCAUUAAAGAAGAGACCUGUGUCUGAUCUUUUGUCUGGGAAGAAGAAUAUUGUGGAAGGCCUUCCUCCACUAGGUGGUAUGAAAAAGAACAAAAAUGAUGCAAAAAAAAUAGGGCCUCUAAAGCUAGCUGCCCUAAAUGGACUAGCUUUGACUAGAAUGCCUCUGCCAGAUGAGGGGAAGGAAGAAUCAACAAGAGCAACAAAUGAUGAACGGUGUAAAGUUCUGGAACAACGGUUAGAGCAGGGGAUGGUGUUUACGGAGUAUGAGCGCAUUCAGAAAAAAAGACUUACAGAUGGUGAGUGCUCGAUAGCUCGGCUCCCUGAAAAUGCUGAAAGAAAUCGGUUCCACGACGUGCUUCCUUAUGAUGAUACCAGAGUAGAGCUAGUCCCAACCAAAGAAAAUAACACGGGUUACAUCAAUGCAUCUCAUAUCAAGGUCUCUGUUGGAGGCACAGAGUGGGAUUACAUUGCUACACAAGGUCCUUUGCAGAAUACAUGUCAGGAUUUCUGGCAGAUGAUCUGGGAACAAGGGAUUGCCAUCAUAGCUAUGGUGACAGCAGAGGAAGAAAGUGGGCGAGAAAAAAGCUUCAGAUACUGGCCACGUCUUGGUUCAAGACACAACACUGUAACCUAUGGAAGAUUUAAGAUUACCACACGAUUCCGUACUGACUCAGGCUGCUAUGCAACUACGGGUUUGAAGAUUAAACAUCUUCUCACAGGACAGGAAAGAACAGUUUGGCAUCUGCAGUAUACUGACUGGCCAGAGCAUGGCUGUCCAGAGGAUUUAAAGGGAUUUCUCUCAUACUUGGAAGAGAUACAGUCAGUGCGGCGCCAUACAAACAGCACUGCGGAUCCUAAAAAUGCCAGUCCUCCUGUAUUGGUACAUUGCAGUGCAGGUGUAGGACGAACAGGAGUGGUCAUACUGUCAGAGAUCAUGAUUGCUUGCCUGGAACACAAUGAGAUGCUGGACAUCCCACGAGUGCUGGACAUGUUGAGGCAGCAGAGAAUGAUGAUGGUGCAGACUCUUUCACAGUACACUUUUGUCUAUGGAGUUCUCAUUCAGUUUCUCAAAAGUUCUAGACUUAUAUAGUCCCUGCCACUUCCUAAGGAACACUGCAAGAGUUUACAGAAAGACCACUACAGUUGUCCAGGCAGACCUGCUCUCACUGGUGUUUUCUUCCUAUGAGGAAUCACACAGUUACCUUUUAGGGUUGGUAUGUGACUGUUUAAUGCAAGUCAGAGUAACAGUCCCUGCAAAGUAGGAUCUUCACUGGACUAAAUUCCCAUGUUCAGCUGCAGUUAUAUUAGGGAAUGAUUUUACUUGUACUGCUCUGUAGUACUUGCAUAUAUUCUUUAGAGUGGUGUUACUCUGGUCAAAAUAAGUAUAUUAGGGAAUGGAAGUACAUGGCACAAUUUUACUAAUGUUAUUUUUUAAAAUAUAAUUGUUAACUGUUUGAAAGCUAAACUCUGAAAGUGCACAUGGGGUGAGAAGCCUGCUCCUUGGGAAUGUCAAGGUCUUACGUAGUUUCAUUCUGCUUUCAAUUUUAUAUUUAGAACAAUACAACUAUAUUUUUUCAAAUGAACUUUUGGUUGCCUCUGGCUUACUCAGAAAAAUUAGAAGCUCUUGGAUAUUUCAAGCUGUUGCUUUAAGGGCAGUUAUUUUUAUGUUCAGCCUUUUUUAAUUAAAAAAACCCAAAACACCACAACCCAAAACUUUUUAAGCAGAAUAAUAUUUUCAGUGAAGACUGACAAUCUUUGAACUAACUUUUAAAAAACCAGAAAGAAAGUAUUAGGGAGGGCUAUUGGUAGUUACUUGUAGCUCCGUGUAAUAGAACUGACAAAUGAAAGAUGAUGAUAACUGUUAAUAACUUUCAUUUGAGCGGAGGCAUGUUUACCUGCAACAAAUGGGGAAAAUACUGUAAUUAUCUACAAGGUUGUUGGAAACAAGUGGAUGAGAUAAAGUACAUAUUCAGUAUUAUUCAUAUAUUUAGAGGACAGUUUGAUUUUACUGGCUGAAAUCAAAGUGGAUGCAAAUGUUUUAAGCACUUUUUUUCUCUUGUUAUUUAUGUAGUUAAACAUAGAAAUUAUAAUAACGCAUUAUUGUUUCUUGCGGUAAUAUGCCAUUACUAACCUGUAAUUUUAGGAAGAGCCUUUUAAGUUGAUGAAGUGAGAGGAUCAAAACUGGAGUAAGAAGGUGCACAGUGGUGAAGUGGAAAUGAUCAUAUGAAACAUAAUGGAGGAGGUGUGGCAGCAAUGAUUGCUGGUUUACACAGUGCAAAGGUGACCAGUAAAAAUGUUUAUGUUCUCAGACAAGAAAGCCUUUAAAGCACUGGAAGUUUCUGCAGAAUCCUCCACGUUAUUUUGUCAGUACUAGAACAGAUUUUGCUAGUGCUGUGCAGUGUUGCAAUGAAAAAUAUCCAUAGAAGCCGUUUGAGAACACUUGCAGAAUGUAAGAGCUCUUAGAGGCGAGACUGGAGAUGUGGGUAUUUUAGUAGCUGUGUAGGUGGCUGAGUCAAUGGCUGUGGCAUGGACCUAAAGAGAAUUGUACCUCUGGUGGUUUCCGUUUUGUUGUGUGGUCUGGUUCAAUGAUGGUAUCCCUAAAUAGUCCUCUGUCUGUGGUUUUCAGAUGGGGUCAGUGUGGUUUUUACCUGCCUUCUCAAGUGUUUUGAGAUGCUGAGUUGAAAAUUCCCGUUCAAAAAUUAAAUAUUGGUUUGUAGAUACCUGGUUUAUUUUUAAAACAACCCUAUGGUAGACCAGUCUGCACACAUGUUUAAAAGUGUCCAUUUCCCUUGAUACCUCCUUAGCAAAAUAAAAUGAGACUGAAAGUCAUUUUUAUUAUAGGUGAAAUUACUUUUUUUUUUGAGCUAUAGCGAGGGCUUGGAAACUAUUAGGAAUAAUUAAACCCCCUUCAAGAUAAUAAUUGUCUCACAAAACAUUAAUUAAGAAUUGUAAAUAAGUUGCCUCAGUUUCCUCUGUAAUAAGCUACUUCCACAAAGGAAAACACAUGGUCCAAAUGACAUUGUGCUAAUAGGUCAUUCUAUAUAGGACAUAUUAGUUUAAAGUACACUGUUAUUCUGGUUAAUCUAGUGCAUUUGGUCUGCUUUCAGGCAGUCCGAAUUGUUCUAUUCUUACUAAAAGUAAUAUAGAAUAUUUCAGAUGGGGAAAAAAAAACGUUCUUUUUAUAACUAUAAAAUGCCUAUAAAGUGCCAAAUGUAAAACUGGAAGUUCAGAGGAAAGCAGUUACUGAAGACAUUCUUUUCUAUAGAAAGCUUGAAAACAAACCAAUCUAAUAUCUCUGUGUUAUCAAAGUAUUGAAAGAAACAAACAUUCUUAGCUAUUUGCAUCAUGCUGUGUUUUAAAAACCUUGCUAGUUUUUGCCACAGUUCACUUAUAUCUUCAGAAAUAUUUUUGAAUAGGAAGGUAUGCUCUAAAAAGUAGCUCAUACCAUUUCCACUACUAAACUUUGGACUGAUCUUCAUAGCCUGCUACGUGCAGCUUUUAAUGAAAUUAUACACAACCACAACUUCAAGCAAUAAUUUUUAGCAGUUCAGCAGUUACUGGGACAGAACAUAAGCUGUGAGACAUUAAAAGGAGCAGUUAAAACAAGGGAUUUAAUCCUAAAUUUACGGGAUUAUCUGAGGUGGGUGAGGAAACGUGUGUCUUCUGGCUUUCUUUUCUGUUCUGAUGAAAGAAGUUGUGUUCACAUUUAGAGGCAGUUGCUCUUUAAUCUGGUAGUCACGGUCUUGAUUUGUAUUUUUUAAGCAUAGCACUGCUACCUCCUCCACUUCAGCCUUCAGUUCUGUCCGUCAGUAGCCCGUGUUUGCAUUAACAGACUUGAUCUUAACAGACUUGACUUUAUGUAAGUUUUCCUACUGAAAGAGGAGGAUUGCUUUUGUAUGUAAACAUAUGGCUCCAAGUGAGUAGUGAAAAUGAGCAGUUUCUCUUACAAAGAUACCAAAUGAAUAUAAACGUUCAAACAUCCUGUAACAAAAUCAAUUUUAAACCCAUUGUUUAGAUUUUCAGUUAACUUUUAAAAGAAAAUCCAGCUUUUAGCACUUUGUUCUGAGCCUUGUAAAGGGAUGCUUUUUUACGUGUGGUUUUGCUGAAUGCUCCAUGAAGUGUUGGACAUUUUAAGAACAUCCACUGUCCAAAUCCAGUCAGAGUGUGAGUCAGUCAGGUGUGGAUUUAUUUGUCAAAAGAGUAAAAUUCCACUAUAAGCAUGUCCUUUUUUCCAGAUGUGCUUCUGUUCCUGUGGGGAUGAAGAUAGAUUGUUAUGCAAGAUUUGAGCUCUUUUUUUAGUAAGAAAAGUUGUGUGAAGACAUUCUUGCAAAGAUGAUGCUGAUCUCUAGGGAUGUCAGAGCUCUCAGGGAUAAAUAAAGGUGCUAUAUACUGUGAA